UCCUCCGCGUUAGUUUUUUAAUUUUAUUUUAAUUAUUUUUUUUUUUAAAUUCGAAAAAGACUUGAAAAGUUUUACGAACGGCCUUCUCCCUACCGAAGGACACGGCGUAACUUUAGUUUUCAGAAGUUUGGGAGGGAGAGUGUGCGGACUUUAUUCCCUCCAACUUUCCUUUGCCAUCCUUUGUUUUGAUUAGCUGAAGGCUGGGCCUUGUGCUGGUGAAGUUUGGGAAGCUGGGAGCACGCUCGGGCACCAUUUGCCUUGGCUUCCUCCUCCCUCAACCUGGGCGAAAGCAAACGAGCUGGUCUUUUUUGCUAGCCCGAUAAAUGCUAUUUAUGAAGAUGGACCUGUUGAACUACCAAUACUUGGACAAGAUGAACAACAAUAUUGGCAUUCUGUGCUAUGAAGGUGAAGCAGCUCUAAGGGGAGAGCCCAGGAUGCAGUCUCUGCCGGUAUCCCCUGCUCUCACCAACCACCGAACAGGCCCUCCUCCCAUCAGUCCCAACAAGAGGAAGCUCAGCAUGGACCAAGGGGACGAGGAGCUAGACUGUGAAAACGACCAUGUCUCUAAGAUGAGUCGGAUGUUCAAUCCACAUCUAAACAAGACUGCCAAUGGGGACUACCGGAAGGAGCACCGGGAGAGGAGUCGCAGCCCCAUAGAGAGGGCUGCUGCCCCCACCAUGAGCCUCCACGCCAACCACAUGUAUGCCUCAAUCCCAAGCUUGAGCAUGGAUCAACCCCUAGCACUGACCAAAAACAGCAUGGAUGCAACCCGGACAGUUGGCAUCACACCUACACUGACUUCUGUGGAACGGCAGCAGAACCGUCCGUCCGUCAUCACCUGCGCUUCCGCCAGCAGCCGGAACUGCAACCUGUCCCACUGCCCCAUCGCGCACAGCGGCUGCGCGGCCGGGCCGCCCUACAGGAGACCUGCCAACACCAGCGCUGCCUGCGACCCGGUGGUGGAGGAGCAUUUCCGCCGGAGCCUCGGCAAGAACUACAAGGAGCCUGAGCCCGUGGCAAACUCUGUGUCCAUCACAGGAACAGUUGACGACCACUUUGCCAAAGCACUUGGGGACACGUGGCUGCAGAUCAAAGCUGCCAAGGACGGAGUCUCCAGCAGUCCCGAGUCUGCCUCCCGGCGGGGCCAGGCCUCCCCCUCCUCCCACAUGGUCAAUCACAAUCACUCGCCCUCUGUGGUCUCAUGAAGAGGACCCUCACCUCGGGGGAUUUGCAUGGUUUGACUGAGCUUUGAACAGUGCUUAAAUAGUGUUGGGGGAGGGGAGAUUAGUUUUCAACACACAUUUUUGUGUACUCACUUUUUAUUUGUAAAAGGGUGCCCUUAAAGAUGAUAGCAGGAACUAUUUCGUAAAGAUUCAGAUGAUGUAGCAUCCUUUUGUUUUUUUCCUGCCUCAGUUACCAAAGAAACCUCUGAUGCAAAUCUGCUGCCCCUUACAAAGUAAUGCACACUAAUCCACAAAAGCCAUUACUCUUAGUUGGUUGACCCAAAUGCUUUUUUGCUUUUACUUGCUUCUUGAGACUAGAAUUUGUCUGGUUUGCUUACAUUGCUUUUUUUUUUUUCCCUCUGUGAAGUAAUUUUGUAUGUAUAUACUUGAAAAGAACUGUCAUGUAUGAUUUGCACUAUUGGAGGAGGACUGAAGUUGCAUAGCAACUUUCUGGAAGAUGCUAAUAUUUUGAGGGCAAACUGCUGAAAAAAGGGUUUAAGGAUGACAUUUCUAUCAGUUUGAUUUUUCUUAAAAGCAAAACAGCUUUGGAAGGGGAAGUCUCAUACAGGUUAUAGGUCUUUCUCUCUUUAGAUUUCAGGUGCUUAGUGCUUGCAACUGGACUGCAUAAUUUACAGAACACGGGCAUUUUUUUCCUAAACACUGCAGUUUGUUAGAAUAGAGCUGAGGUUGGAGGGUUCAAUAGUGCUUAACGAUGCAUGUUUUAUGAAAAAUAGCUGGUAUCUAUUAAUGUAUAGACAGUAAGAAUCAUAAUACUUAUUAGCUUUUCUUCAGAAUUAGUUUAUUUUUGUCAGUAACAAUCCUAGAUAUACUUACUGCUGGUACAGUUGUACUCUAUGAUAUUUGUAUUUGAUACUCACUCUAGUAGCAGCCAGCAAAGAGCUCAGCCUCAGGACAGGCCUCAGACAACGCAGUUCCGAGCUGCUGCAGACUGGUGCAGACUGGUGCAGACUGGUGCAGACUGGUGCAGCUUCACCCCUGGCCGAGUCCCUGCUCCUGGCUGCUCCACAGGGAUCUGCUUCCUAAACCAAGUCUGUGUGAUCCACCUGGAACCAGCUGCAGGAACUGCUACCGUUGCGUAUCUUGGCUGGACAACAGAUUGUUACAGUUUGUGAAAUAUGAUCUUUUAAUAUUUUUUUUUAAGCUUUUUCAUAAACCUAUGCCAAGUUGCAGCAUACAUUCCUCCAUUAGCAAACUUUAUACAGGUAUUACUGCAUUUAUUAUCAUUUGCUAUAUUAAUAGCUACUAACUAGAAAUUAGGCAAUAGAGGCAGGCAUAGAACCACAGCUGUGCUAGUACUAAGAGCUUCUCUUCUUGUUAAGUGUAACUACUCUCCCCCAGACAUUCCAUCUUCCCAGUACAGUUGCAACUAGGGCUUUUUUUUUAUACUGGGUUACCUGAAACAAUUGGUUCAGUGUAGAAAGUUAGAACUAGUUGGAAGAUGAACUACACGUGAUGUAUUAUGGACUAUGUUACAGUAUUGGGUCCAUUGUGGCUUUUAUUUUAUGGUUGUUUUUCUUUCAAGUUAAGCUAUUUAAUUUGGUCAAAGGUGCCGGGUAGAAGGAGAUCAGGAGAUUGGCUCUUACUCUGGUUGAGAAGGUGGCUGCUCAAUUUUCUUUAAAAAAAAAUGGAAAAAAAAAAACAAAACAACACAAAAAACACUCAAGCCCCCAGUUUUACACAUUUCACUACCAUCUUACUGGGUAGUCAACGCUUCCUUGCUUUGGCAUUCAGUACCCUACUCUGUAGGAAGAUUGUUAAGAGAACACUUUUUUAUAUAGGUAACUUUAAGACCAUCGUUACGCUGUGCGUAAAGAAUGUACAGAGAAAUUUGUAGGUAUUUUUUGAGGAACAAUUAAUUUGUUAAUGAUAUGUAGCUAUUUAAUUUUUUUUCCCUUUCCUUUAUUGUAAUCAUUCAUUAUUAUUUUUUUUUUUUCGUUUUGUUUGGAGAAAAAAGUUGAUCUUUUUUUUUUUUUGUUGUUGUAGAUUUGUCUGUAAUACAGUAAAAGUGCAGGAACACAGUUAUUCUAUGAGAACACUGCAUUAGCAUUAAUAGCCACUAGUUUGUUAUUGCUACAGGCUACUGAGCAUUGUAACAGUAAAAUACUAAUACUGUAGAUGGACUCUGUGGAAAAUGUGACUCCUAUAUUUCUUUGUAAACACAAAUCAUGUUUUUAAAGCUAAUAUUUUCAAUAAUAGCUGUUUUACACGGUUACAUUUACUUAUCUGAGAUAGGUAAAUGGAUUUGAGGGCAAUAAAGAUUUCAUGUGAUA